AUGCAGAUGCAACAGGUGCGCGCUGGCCGCGCGGCCCAGGUGCCCGUGCCGCCGGCGAGUGCUGCGCCGCUUGAGAUUUCAAGGGAAAUGCGGCAGCAUCUGCGACUGACGCGACACAGUGCGUUCGAGCGGCACCAGGAGAACGCGCAAUGGACCAAAGAAAUUCUCGACUGUGGCACGAGUCGAAACGACGUGUCCAGGACACCCAGUGGCCUAACAUCGUCACUCGAGGAGCUACAGAAACACAUCGAAAUUAAGAAACACGCUGCUGACGAGCUAGAGCGGCAAUUGGUGCAACAGCAAGAGACACAACAGGCGACACAGCGAAGGUUUGAGGAAAUGUUGAACGCGCUGAAGACAAUAGGCGACGCCGCUACGUUAAAGAACUGCGAAGAAAAACUGGAAGCCGAAAAGAAACUGUUGCUGCCAAGUGAGCAGCGCAAAAUGGAGAUCAUUCGAUUAUAGACCGUUUUGUAUGGUGCAACCUCAGGGGUUUUAAAGAAUGCUACACUUUCCAUGUU